GCGUGUAAGACCGCAAAGAUCAGUUGCACACGAAGCUUCCAUCGCGAACGUUGCUCACAUAGGCGUGUGAGCUCGUCGUACUUCAACAGCAUAUAGCGUUACAGUUUAAGCGUUGUAUAGUGGGGAGAUAAGCUGGGGAAAAAAUGGCUGUGUGGGACUGGGUGUUCGGUCUGCCCACAUGGGUCUACAUUAUCAUCGCCUUCUGCCUUCUCCUUUACCUGUAUGGGAUAUGGCCGUAUAUCACCCGCCGCUUCAACUUCCCUGGACCUCCUCCUCGUGCCUUUAUGGGGACCGUGUGGGAAAUGUUUUCGAUUGGCGUGGCGGAAAGUGAUUCCCGUUUCCUCAAAAAAUACGGCGAUGUGAUUAUAACCUGGGGAAUGCGAACGCCUCAACUCCUGGUGGGCGAUCCAGAUAUGGUGAAAGAAAUUCUAGUGAAGAAGUUCCCUAACUUCGUGAACAGAACAAUAACUGAUACAUUAUCGCUGACCGAAGUGGAGAGCAAGCAGCUGACCAUUUUACAAGAUGACGACUGGAAGUUUGUCCGUGCCACUUUGUCUCCAGCCUUUAGCUCUGGGAGACUCCGUGAGGUGAGACUAUACUGUAUCGCAAAUGAAGUUUGUCCAGGUCACUUUGUCGCUGCUGUAAAGCUGAAACUUUGUCCCAGUCACUUUGUCUCUAACGUGACACUGGAAGUUGUCCUUGUCAGCUUGACAUACUGUAACGUUGAAGUUUGUCCCCGUCAGUUUGUUCCUACUAUGGUACCAAUAAUUCAGUCUGUCUUGGAUAACUUACAAGACGUGAUAGCGGAAAAGAGCAAAGACGGGAAGAGCAUAGAUACCCAAGAAUUAUUUAAAGGUUAUACUCUGGACGCCAUAUCCGGAACAGCCUUCGGAAUAGACUCCAAUAGUUUGAAAAACCCGGACGACUCAUUCGCACAGCUGUUGAAAAAACUGCUCUCUCCAAAAAUCUCCAUGAUGGUUCUAGUGAACAUGAUAUUUCCAUUCAUCACUAAAAUCAUGAAACUCUUCAAAAUCAGCUCCUUCCCUAAGGCCUGGCAGGAAACAGUGGACGUGAUUGCGCGAGAUGUCAAGAAUAAUAUUGACCAACGAAAACAACACGGCACAACAAGGCGGGACCUUCUUCAGUUGAUGAUUGACGCACGUGUGGAUGACCUUGACAGUGCCGAUGUGGACGUUGAUCGAAAUGCCCUGAAAACUGAUGUCCAGAAUCAAAGGCGAGGUCUUACCGAGACAGAAAUCAAGGCUCAGUGUUUUGUAUUCAUGUUGGGUGGAUAUGCAACAACAGCGGGUACGUUAAGUAUGCUGUCUUACUGUUUGGCGAUGAAUCCCGAAUGCCAGGAGACCCUUAUUGAGGAGAUUGACACCAAAGUUGGGAAGAAUAAGCCUAACUAUGAAAAUGUAAUGGGUCUACCUUAUCUAGACAUGUGUAUUAGUGAAGCGCUCCGAAUUUACCCAGCUGGACAGAGACUGGCUCGUGACACUAAGGACGACAUUGUCAUCGGAGGGCAUCUGAUUCCCAAAGGCCUCUCUAUCCAGAUUCCUGUAAAUUAUAUUCACAACAACCCCAAGUACUGGUCUGACCCAGAAAAAUUCAAUCCUCAGAGAUUCUCUGCCGAGGAGAAGGCCAAAAGACACCCCUAUGCCUACCUGCCCUUUGGCCAUGGCCCCAGGAACUGUGUCGGUAUGAGACUGGCUCUUUUGAAAGCCAAGAUGGCGGUCGUGUCUAUUCUACAGAGGUACCGAUUUGUGAGGAGUGCUGAAACCGAGGCGGAACUCAAGCUGCAACUGUUUGGAUUCCCAGAGGCUGUGAAUGGAAUUUGGCUAAAGCUGGAACCUCGGUCCUGAAUAUACCGGAUAUGACAUCAUUCCUUUGAAAAACGACAACAUAAUGUCCGUUCUUGGAACAUACACUGAAUAAGACAUGUUUACUUCGACUAUGUACUGAAUAAAUCUGUCCAUGACUGGAAAACACACUGAACACUGCGUCUCAACUCUGACAAUGCAACAGUGAAUAAAAUGUCUCUAAUCUCAGAAGUUGUAUCCUGAAUACAACUGAUUUGUGAUGAAUAAUGAAUACAACCGAUUUAAAGUAAACACCAAGCAUUAACGUUAAUUUUUGUUCAAUAAAAAAAAAAAGCAAAAACACGAAAAUACAGCACCAACUCAGAUAAAUAACAUAAUGGUAUGUCUGAAUUCGAUAUAAUUAUAUCCGUUCAAUAUAUUCACUGAUAAUUGCAAUCUUACCAUGUCUUUUGCCUUGAUAGGCUAAAAGACAUUGUAACCAGCAUUAUGGUGGGAGGAAACCCAUGACCGUCCGCAGGUUGCUUGGAGACCUCCCCACGUACGGCCGGAGAGGAAGCCAGCAUGAUCUGGACUUGAACUCACAGCGACCGCAUUGGUGAGAGGCUCCAGGGUCAUUCCUCUGCGCUAGCGCGCAAACAAGCUGAGCCACGGAAGUCCCUCGGUUACUUUUUGCAUAUUGCAUAUAGUAUAUUUACUACAUGUAUAAGGUCAUGUUGACGACCUGUCUUGUCUGACAACGUAUUGUAUACAUUGAAUUUGUUUUGGCAUAUGCAGUGCAAUAGGUCCACUCUAGGCGUAUGUUGACAUGUCUUUUGUUGUGAACAUACUGAAUACAGUGACUUUUUUGGGCAUAUUUCAUAAAAUAUAAUUACUACAAUUGCUAUUAUAUUACUGAAUAAGAUGAUUCUAUGUUGACGUGUAUACAAACUGUCUACUGUACUAGUAGUAACUAGUAGUAAUAUACUGAAUACGGAAACUUUAUACCGGCAAUACAAUGAAUAUUUCCUGGAGAAUGUUAGUAUUGCUCGCUUACGUUGUGCUCAGGAAUAUUUCUCUUACAAGAGCAGGGUUAAAAAUAUAGGGGAAGAAAACCGGCAAACCAUUUCAUUUCGCCAUGCACUUGCAAUUGCGAUUUGAAAGCAUGACCUUUAUCUUCAGGUGCAAAAUUCUUAAUUGUUACAUGUACUUUAUUUCAGAGAGAUCUUUGAUAUAUAUGUACAGUUUUAAACGCCCUCUUAAUGCUAAUUAUGCGUACAUAUUACGUAGAUCGUUAAAAAAAAGUGUUAAGAGAUUCUUGAAAAGCACUUCAUAAACAAUCUAAAGAAUGUGUGAUAUUGGCUUUUUUUAUUUAUUUGAUUGCUGUUUUACGCCGAACUCAAGAAUAUUUCACUUAUACGAUGGCAGCCAGCAUUAUGGUGGGUGGAAACCGGGCAGAGCCCCGGGGGAAACCCACGACCAUCCGCAGGUUGCUGACGGAUAAUGGCUUUAUAUGACGACAUAUCAAUCGUGGUGAGGCUAUGUAAAGAUGGUUAGCUUGUUGAUAAAGCUCAUUCACUUACGUUGAGAGCAAGCAAAGGUUUAAAAUGUAUUGUAAUAGUUUUCUCUUCAUAUGUGUCAGUUAUUUUGUGUUCUUUGUGUAAGAUUUAUUAUUAUAUGUAUAUGGGGUUUCGUUUGAUAAUGCAGAUUUACACAAAAUCUUUUUAUAUUUAAGGCUUCUUUCACAUGUAGCGGUUUUCAUUAUAUGAACAUUUGUAAGAUUGGUCCAGAAGUUUAUAAUAUAUUGAAAUGAAGUGAAUACUUUACAUGACAACGUACUGAUUUUCAGUGAAUUUAUUUUACUUUAUUGUUACCAAUAAACUCCUUUCUACAAAAUAAAAGAGACCAUCAGAAGAUUAAAAACCAUAACCUGUUGUCUUUGUGAUG